AUGUACCACCGCGCCCCUGGAAGUACCACCGCGUCCCUAGAUGCACCACUGCGCCUCUGGGUGUACCACCGCGCCCCUAGAUAUGUACCACCGCGCCCCUGGAUGUACCACCGCGUCCGUAGAUGUAUCACCGUGCCCCUGGAUGUGUACAACCAACAUUACAAGGCUGUGCUGGACGGCAUGGAAACAGACAGUAUCAUGGAGAUUGACCCCGCCCACCGCAUUGAGAUCUUCAGGAUGGGGAACGGUAGUGAUGAGGUGCUCGAGGUCCACGACUUCAAACAUGGAAUCACGGGGAUCUGGUUCGCCAAACACCAGAGGUGUUACAUCAAGACCCAGACCACGGAGCUUCCCAAAGUGACAGAGGUGGUGACAGAGGUGGUGACAGUGGACACAGAGAUAUUGGUGGGUGAGACAGAGGGAAUAGACAUGCAGGUGGUGGAGGACUCCCAGGUGUGGGUGCCUGCCGAGGAGCCCAUCGUUAACCCAGCCUUCCUCCUCAACUCCAAGAUCUGGGAGAUAUGCCAGGAGCUGCCCAUCCACUGGAUCCAUCCCUCCCCCAUGAGAGAUGCUGAGUUCCAUGAGGUGGAGGUUGAAGAGGACAUACCUGAUGCUGAGGUCAGAGGUCACCGUGUCACUCGUGAUGUCCUGGACCAGGUUCCUGUCAACGACUACAGAGACAUUGGAGUUGAGCUGGAUAACCGCCUGGAUGAUCGUGGCUACUGCUGCCAGCACUGUCGUCGUGGUUACCGCUACUGCCAGCGUUACUACGAGCCCCUGGGGGGGUUCAACCCCUACCCCUACUACUACCAAGGAGGACGUGUCAUCUGUCAGAUUAUCAUGCCCUGCAACUGGUGGAUCGCCCGUAUGCUCGGGAGGAUCUGAUUGGAUAGUGGAACUGGAUUCAACUAUGUUUCAGCUCACAUGACAGGUGCAUUCAUUUAAGGCUGGAUUUACACUGCACUAGGCUUAGAGUCUCAGCAACCGCUUUGUGACUUCACCACAUACUGCACAGAGACGUUAGCGCAUGCCAGAAUUUGUAAUAACUCUUAAGCUAGCGUAAAUGGCGUUUUGCUUUUGUGAACACUUGGUGGUGUGUAAACCCAGCCUAGGCCCACCCAGGGCACCAGGUGGGUGAAGUUUGCACAUUUGAGACGAUUCCAUUGGUCCUUAGGUGCAAACUCCGCCCAACUGGUUCACUCGGUGAGGUAAAAUGAAUGCACCCCUUGCUACUCCCCAAUCAGUAUUCCAAAGCCUUUGUGAUAGCAAAACAUUUCUAGUACAUAAUUAUUAACCAUCCUAUCUCGAAAAUAAGCAAAUCUACUGUCAGUCUCUCUUAAGUCUAAAUGGAGUUUUGGGAGCGUCUAGGUGAUUUCUCUAAAAGGCAUUAGAUCUCCCGAAUGUUCACAUUGUAAAUGGUUAACUAGUCAUUUAAUUCUGUUUGUAUGGCCUUGGUGUGUCAUCUGUGCGCUUAAGUGCAAUUUUUCUUUCAACAUAUAUUACAUAUUUUUUAAAGAAUUUGUAACAGUAGCUAAAGAGCUACUUUUGGCUGUUUCUCACGGUGCUGCAUUUCUUUCUAAUUUCAUUUUCUUCCUAAUCUUUAUUAUGGGUGGGUGUAACCGACUUUCUCUUGCGGUGUGGAGCAGACCUGGGUUCAAAUAGUAUUUUAUUUAUUUCAAAUACUUUGAGCGUUUGAUUGAGCUUUCCUGGAGUGCUAGAUCGGUACUAUCCCAGUGGUCCAAUUGCACCAGACAAAUACAGCUAAAGUAUUUGAAAGAAAACACAUACUAUUUUAACCCAGGUCUGCUGUGGACUAUGACAACCAACAAUGUAUUGUAUGUAGAUCAUACUGAAGUGGUGUAGCCUGCUCACUCUGUCAAGAGUAUUGAACCCUUUCUAGACAAAAAAUUAUAUUUGUCCUAUUUUUGUGAAUGAUCUGUUUUGACUAUUGUUUACCACAGUUAGCAUGUUUAACUUGAAAUAGUGUUUAUUGUAUUGAUGAGGAGGUAUACAAGUACCUUGUUUUUUGCUAUCAGAAUGAGUCGACUAAUUUUAAUAAAGCAGCGGCUAUAGAUAUGCUUCAUUCUUCUAA